ACUCAUUUGGCUACGCCAGCAUAUGCUAUCAGAGCUGAGGUGCCAUAGCAGUGAUAAGGUGCGCAUUGCUUACAAGGGUCUCGUGUAAUCUAGUCGGAGGCCCAGUGCAAGUCAAACUGCUGAUAACGCGACGAAAUAAUCGCCGAUCCUGGCAGGAAGUUUCUUUUUGUCUAUACCUUGGACCGUUUCUUCAUUUCGUAUAUUGUCGACCGUUACACCUCAGUGAGUCGCUUUUGUGUGUGCACACAUCUCCAUAUCCCGGUGGCUGCUGGAUCGAUCGAUUUUAGACAGUAAACAACUGCAGAAACUUGUGCGGAUUAAAAAAGGGAACCGAAUGAUCGGUCCAAGUGGAUGGAGUGACAAAAUGGCAACUACCAGCCGAUUUUGCAUUGGAUUUUUUCCCCUGCUGCUAGUGUUACUCGCUCAUCAAGCGUCAGCCCUGAGUUGCGGUUGGCCUGGUAAACCGGUCGGUGGCUCUUUGCUGAGUCCCACUCUGCCCCAGCCGCUUCAGCAAGAUAGUCACUCGUUUGGACGCGGUUUCGUGCCGACCAACCGGGUCCUCUCCUACGACUACCAGUUCCAAGAAGGUCAAGUGGUUGCCUACAAGUGUCAAACUUCGCGGCUGGACGUCCUCACCGCGGGUAGCACCACCGGGAGUUUCAACCGAACUUGUCAAAAUGACGGUAGAUGGAGCGGUAAUCGUCCCUGGUGUGAUAUUAACGUCGCCUACGGUAAAACGGUCACCUACACGGCUCUCGAUACGACUAGAGCCGUGGAAGUAUCAGACACUCUGAUGACGGACGCCCUGGUCGACAGCGAGGAUCCGGUCAACACGGCCGAGUGUCCGUCUCUUACCAGAAAUGGCGGUGCUUACUUGUCCGUCAAUCUGGGCGAGAGUUUGCCCGUUCGAGUCGUCGGCAUUUUCGGCAAAAAGGGCGAAGGAAUGAACAAUUUAAUGAACAAGAAAGUUACACUGGGAACGGCCGAAUGCGCUCAGAUGGCGGGCAACGCUUCGGCUUUCGGUUACCAGUGCAACCGGGCAAUGUCCCAGGCCAGCACGUCUAACCUGGUGGGCAGCACCGUCCGAUUCGAGCACAGCAGCACUUUUGUUGUCGACAUUUGCGAAGUGGUCAUCUACGCCAAUCCGACCUUGGCUGAUUGCGGCGAGCCAGAGAUACCGGCCUUUGGAGAGGUGACAAUCACAACGGGUUCAUUGUACCAAGAGGCCAAGUACCAUUGCCGCAGCGGGUACGAGCUGCAGGGCAACAACCUGCGCACUUGUUACGGACGUGACUGGGGCGGCGAACAACCAAUCUGUGUGGAGAUUUUAAUCACGUCGACUACCGAGAUCAACCCAAAUUCGACACUGCCUUAUGGGGGAGGCGAAUAUGAAUCCAAGGCAGGUCUGGACCCGUUCCAAAUUGUUCUGAUUGUCGUUUGCGUGGCCUUGGCCAUCGGUCUGAUCGUGGCUCUAAUCGUCCUCCUCUAUUACGGAAGACUGAAUUGCUGCGGAACAGCCGGAAACAAGUUCGCCAAGAAGCUGAGCAAGAAGACGAAGCCUUCGUCCGGCGACCAGCGUGACUACCAGAAGGUGGCAGCACCAGCAAACAAGUCCAGUAGCACUACCGGCUCGGCCACGGCUGCCGCUUCCAAGGCGAUGCAAGAGGCCAACAGGAAAGCCAUAGCCGAGCAAGAGAGGCGAGCCGAAGAAGAGGAUUUCAUCAACACCAGACUGGCCUAUCAGAAUGAAAAGACCAACCAGCAGAUGCAGCGGAAACCCUUGCCGACACCCGACUCGCCUCCGACGGCCUCGUACCCACGGAACGAGACGGUCGCCUACGUGGAAUUGGCUCACGAACCGACGAGACGAUUGGACUCACCGGCUGCUGUUCACUCGCAGGCCGAUCCGGCCAAUGUCGAGCCUCAAUACGCCCAGGUGACGAUGAGGGCCAGCACGAAGAAGAAGGCCGAUAACAACGACGGGACUUCAUCGGAUUCGACGGAUCACAGCACGACGUCACCGCCGGCCCGCAAGUCUUACAUCCCUUCCAUUUACCUCAAGGAGUCGCCCGAGGUACAAAUGAAGCAGCAAGCGUUGAACAAUCAGCUCAAGGAAGCCGUCAGGAUUAGUCGCAACACGGAUUUCUAAUAAGUUGGAAAAAUUGUUAUUUUAUUUGGAAGAUCCCACACAAAAUUAUUCAUUAGAAAUAUUCAAUGUUCAUUCUUUUUUUCUUUUUAACUUUUCCCAUCAUUUCAGUAUACGUAAUUGAAAAAACAAAAUAAUGUCUUAUAUCAAAAUGGGUUGCUUUUGGUAGGCUAUACUGAUCCCCGUAUCGUGUAUAUCAGGACUUAACGUCGUGAUACAAAAGUGAGAAAUACAAGAAUUUCUAUU